UGUUUGUGUAUGAAAUAUCAGCUGAAAUAAAGUGCAGCGUUCCUGAUCGCUUCUGUAGAGGAAUUUACAGUUGAGCCCCAAUAUAUACUGAAUAAAGGCAAGCAGCUGAAGUGUCCGUCAGAUAAACAGUCUGGCAGCAGAAGGUUCAAUAUAAAAGCUGGAGUGUGUUGUCGUGAUUUCUUCAGCACUGAACCUCCACACGAGUUUUCCUUGCUCUGAGCUUUUACUCGGAUAAUGCCUCUGCUAACUGUGUGCUCAGCACUACUGCCAUCUAGAGGACAAUAACAGCAGCAUCCACUAAUCGCCACAUGCGGAGAUCGGAGAGAGCAGAGGUUUAUUUCCUCUUCUGUUGCGGGUGUUGUUCGUCUGUUCAGACUCGAUGCUACGCUGUAAACACUCUUGUAAUGUCUUACUCACGGGUUAUCUGGACACCUUUCAUUUGUGUCUCCAUCUAAUUCAUUCACUAAGAGGAAUAUUCCCAUCAGGCUCAAGUGAAGAGUUUACUGAAGGACAGCGAGAACAUGAGUGAUCCAGAACCCUGCAGAAUUAAACCUGAAGAUACUGAACAACAAAUAGACCUAAUUGAAGAAAAUGUGGCGAGUAAAGAGGAAGAACAUCAUGUCAAAGUUGAGGAAAAAUAUCUUAAGAUUCACAUGAGUAUGAUUCACACUGGAGAAAAAUCAUUGACAUGCACUCAGUGUGGGAAGAGCUUUAGCCAAUUAUCAAACCUUAAUAAACACAUGAAGAUCCACACUGGAGAGAAACCAUUCACCUGCACUCAGUGCGGGAAGAGUUUCAUCCAAUCAUCAUCUCUCAAUCUACACAUGAUGAUCCACACUGGAGAGAAACCAUUCACGUGCACUCAGUGUGGCAAGAGCUUCAUCCAAUCAUCGUCCCUUAAUCUACAUAUGAGAAUCCACACUGGAGAGAAACCAUUCAGAUGCACUCAGUGUGGGAAGAGUUUCAGCCAAUCAUCAUCCCUUAAUCUACACAUGAGGAUUCACACUGGAAAGAAACCAUUCACAUGUACUCAGUGUGGGAAGAGCUUCAACCAAUCAUCAAACCUUAAUCAACACAUGAAGAUUCACACUGGAGAAAAACCAUUCACGUGCAUUCAGUGUGGAAAGAGUUUCAGCCAAUCAUCAAACCUUAAUCACCACAUGAGGAUCCACACUGGAGAGAAACCAUUCACAUGUACUCGGUGUGGGAAGGGUUUCAGCCAGUCAUCAUCCCUUAAUCUACACAUGAGGAUCCACACUGGAGAGAAACCAUUCAGAUGCACUCAGUGUGGGAAGAGUUUCGGUCGAUCAUCACAGCAUGAUAUACACAUGAAGAGCCACACUGGUGUGAGAGAGUAUGUUUGCUUUGAGUGUGAGAAAACCUUUAUUACAUCUGGAGAGUUGAAACUGCACCAGAGGAAUCACGCUGGGGAGAAACCGUACAAGUGUUCACACUGCGACAAGAGGUUUAAUCAGUCAGAACAUCUGAAAAGACAUGAGAGGACUCACACUGGAGAGAAACCGUACAUGUGUUCACACUGCAACAAGAGAUUCAGUCAGUUACCACAUUUGAAAACACAUGAGAGGAUUCACACUGGAGAGAAACCGUACAGAUGUGAUCAGUGUCUACAGAGUUUCGCUCAUUUGGUGCAGCUUAAGAAACACAUGGACCAAAAGCUGCACACAUGACAUGAAUACAGCAUAACAUUUUUUUUUAUAUGCAAAGGAGCUUUUGGUUUGGUGUGCACCCCCCUUUGAGUCCUUAAAAUCUCUCUGCGAGUGAUCCUACAGAUGCGGAUACAUCUGUACAGCUCUGCUGCUUCACUGUCCAGUGUGUUCAUGUGGCUAGUGUUGUUGUUUUGGAUGAUGUUCUCUGUCUGACCCACUCAAUGAGAAACAACUCAAUGGGAAGAAACCAUACAUCAAAGAAUGCAGAGCUCCAGGACACGCCCGUAUCCACACUGGAAGAGAGAUCAUCAUCUACAGCUUAACCUCGCGAAAACGGAAAUGCUUUCUGCCAACCCGACUCUACACCAAAACUUUUCAAUCCAGAUGGACGGGGCAACCAUUACUGCAUCCA